AGUGAUACAUAUCUCAUAAAAUAUUGAUGACACAAGUUCAGACUUGUGCUUAUUGGAAAAGUGACAUUCUGUACUAAAAAAAAUUCUUUUACAGUUUUUUGAUUGGUCAAUUCAGUUGUGAGUUAUAGGGUGUAAAAGAUGGAAGUUAACAAAGAGAAAAUUAGGUAUGUUUUACAAUUUUGCUUCAAUAAAGGCGAAAAUGCAAGCCAGGCAGCUGAAAUUGUGAAUGGUGUUUAUGGUCCUGAUACUGUCACAGCCAAUUAUGUGCAAUUUUGGUUUCGUCAGUUCCGUUCUGGUAAUUUCGAUGUUAAAGAUGCACCUCGCACAGGUAGGCCCGUUGUCGAAAAUGUCAAUAAAAUCAUGGAAAUGAUAGAAGUAGACUGGCACGUUAGCACUCGUAGCAUUGCCCAGGAGCUAAAGAUUGACCAUAAAACAGUUCUAAACCAUCUGAAUAAAGCUGGAUUCAAAAAGAAGCUUGAUGUUUGGGUGCCACAUGAAUUGACGGAAGAAAACAUUAUGGAUCGAAUUUCCAUCUGCGAAGCCUUGGCCAAACGGAACGAAAUCGACCCAUUUCUUAAACGGAUGGUGACUGGGGAUGAGAAAUGGGUUACAUAUGGCAAUAUUGUGCGAUAACGAUCGUGGUCAGUGUGGUGAAGCGGCUCAAACGGUGGCUAAACCAGGACUAACAGCCAGGAAGGUUUUGCUGUGCAUUUGGCGGGACUGGAAAGGAAUCAUCUACUAUGAGCUGCUUCCAUAUGGCCAAACACUAAAUUCGGACCUCUACUGUCAACAAUUGGACCGUUUGAAGCUAGCGAUUGAUCAGAAGCAGCCAGAAUUGGCUAACAGAAGAGGUGUUGUACUUCAUCACAACAACGCCAGGCCACACACAUCUAUAGUGACUCGCCAGAAAUUCCAGGAGCUUGGUUGGGAAGUUUUGAUGCAUCCACCUUAUAGUCCAGACCUGGCACCAAGCGAUUACCAUCUUUUUUUAUCAUUACAAAAUUUCCUCGGUGAUAAGAAAUUGGCAUCAAGAGAGGAUUGCGAAAAUCACUUAGUCAAGUUUUUCGCCAAUAGGGAGCAGGGCUUCUACGAGAGAGGAAUUAUGAAGUUACCUUUAAAAUGGCAACAAAUUAUAAAACAAAACGGUGCAUAUUUGAUCCAAGUCGAACAACCGAAACCAUGUUAAAUAAAGACUUGAAAUGAACGUAAAAAUAAUGGAUUUCUUUUUCC